AAGCACUACAGAUCCAAUAAAACCUCCCCCUGCAUGAGCUAUUGACGUACCCGUAGAUCUUGUUCAAAACCGUGCUGUUCUGCAUAGCUACCUUUCGGCGCAGGGUGUGCUUCUCGUGUGAGUGAUGGUAACUUUUUAAGUUUUUAAUGUUGUCCAUAUGAGGUGAAGUGGCUAGCUCUCUGAAGAUAUGGAGGACGAUUCAAAACCACUACUGGGGUCCAUGCUAGGAAGGGAAGCUUCCAUAGAUUCACUUGAGCCAAGAGGAAGAAGGCCCUUUCAUGUAGAGCCCAAGAAUAUUGUUGAUGAUGCCACGGAGCGAGUGUCUUCCGAGGCUUCUAUCUUGAGCAGUAGAAUACAUUACUAUGGGCGUCUUACCGGAUCAUCUGACAGAUUACUGGCUCCUCCAGACCAUGUGAUCCCACCUCCUGAGGAUAUCUACGUUUACAGCCCGCUGGGGACUGCAUUCAAAGUACAGGGAAAAGAUGGCGCCACCAAAAAUCCUAGUAUUGUCACCAUUUUUGCCAUUUGGAACACAAUGAUGGGAACGUCAAUACUUAGCAUACCAUGGGGAAUUAAGCAGGCGGGAUUCACACUUGGGAUUAUCAUUCUAAUCGCAAUGGGGUUCCUCACCUUAUAUUGCUGUUACAGGGUGCUAAAGUCAACCAAAUCUAUACCAUACAUUGACACUUCGGACUGGGAGUUUCCAGAUGUAUGUAGAUAUUAUUUUGGGUCAUUUGGAAAGUGGUUGAGCCUGAUCUUCUCAAUGGUGUCAUUAAUUGGUGCGAUGGUGGUCUAUUGGGUGCUCAUGUCUAACUUCCUGUUCAACACGGGCAAAUUCAUCUACAACUAUGUCCAUCAUGUUAACAUGUCAGAUCAUGAGUUUGGUACAAAUGGAUCUGAAAGAGUCAUAUGUCCAUUCCCUGAUACUGAUCAUGGUGGCAAUGCCACUGUCCAGCUGCAAGGAAGUGGGAACAGGUCCACGGCUGUGUUUGACCACUGGUGGAGUAAGACCAACACCAUCCCCCUCUACCUCAUUGUGCUGCUCUUCCCCCUCCUCAACUUCCGCUCGGCCUCCUUCUUUGCCAGGUUCACCUUCCUGGGUACCAUAUCUGUGGUUUAUCUUAUCGGCCUGGUGACUCUAAAAGCUAUUCGGCUGGGUUUCCACCUGGAAUUUCACUGGUUUGAACCCACUAAGGCUUUUGUUCCAGAGUUCAGAGUGCUGUUCCCACAGCUGACUGGGAUUCUCACACUGGCCUUUUUCAUUCACAACUGCAUCAUCACCCUCAUGAAGAGCAACAAGCACCAGCAAAAUAAUGUGCGGGACCUGUCUGUGGCCUAUCUACUGGUGGGCCUGACUUACCUCUAUGUGGGAAUCCUGAUCUUUGCAUCAUUUCCUUCACCAGAACUGUCCAAAGAGUGCAUUGAACCAAACUUCCUGGACAAUUUCCCUAGCAGUGAUGUGUGGGUGUUUGUGGCUCGCAGCUUCCUGUUGUUUCAGAUGACCACUGUUUACCCGAUGCUCGGCUACCUGGUCCGUGUGCAGGUCAUGAGCCAGGUCUUUGGCAGUAACUACCCAGGUUUCUUCCAUGUUUUCGUGCUCAAUGUCAUCAUUGUUGGUUCUGGUGUCCUGAUGGCCAAGUUUUACCCCAACAUCGGCUCAAUAAUAAGGUUCUCCGGGGCAAUGUGUGGUCUGGCCCUGGUGUUCGUCCUGCCAUCACUCAUCCACAUGAUCGCGCUGAAGCGGCGGGGGGAGCUGCGCUGGCCCUCGGCCCUCUUCCACAGUCUCCUUAUCCUGCUGGGCGUGGCCAAUCUGGUGGGCCAGUUCUUCAUGUAGUCCUGCCCCAGAGCAGGUUGGGAAAUGUAGUCCUGCUGCCCUUCUGAGGCAGAACAAGUACAGUAGCACUCCCUGAGGAAAUAUGAAACACCGAAGGACCCCUUUGAAAAUCCAGUGGCUACCACGUACAAUCAUGGAGUGGUUGAUUUCCUGAAUUUCCUGUCUCUUUUAACUUAGAGAGGAAGUAGAGAAUGGUGCUUCAGACAAUACUGAAUAAAGCUAUUUCGUCAGGUAUAUCAAUGUAACCAAACUUGCCAGCCGGUUAUAAUUGUUUUUGUUUUGUUUUAUUUUAUGUCUGAAGUGACUUUGUAUGAGUCACACAGCAUGUGGAUCUGUGUCAGUGUGUAUGGUUGUUAACAUUAUGUCUGCGUUGUUGAACGAUAUUUGUUGAGGUAUUUCUCCAGGGAGUGCUCUUAGUUCUGACCAGUGUGUCUUUCAAUAUCUUACAGUACUAUUAUAAAUAGAUCAUUGAUUGGUUGAUAUACAAUGAUUAGUAGUGUACACUGUCUGUCAUGGUGUGGCCACGGAAGUGUUGGUGUUCUUGUUGCUUGAAAAUAUUGCCUACCAUAACCUCUCAGUUAUACAAGUCAUUGGAUGCUACAGCUUUAACUUCCAGAGAGAUGCAUCCAACUAUGCCAACCUGAGGCUUGUAUGUGCAACUUUCUUUACUAAAUAUUGAGCAUCCACAGAAGGGGUGUUUUUUUGUUGUUUUUCUUACAAUUUCCACAGCACGGUUCACAGGUGGUCUAAUAUGCAGGAGGCAAGAAGUUGUACUGUGUUUUUAAGUUGUAUUUAAAAUUGUGAGACACAAGUUGUUGUCCUGUAGUUGUUGUUUUUUCUGUCCUUGGUUAGAUGAGUAUCGGAACAAGUGGAAUCACCAGUAUUCAGUACAUUCAUUCCUGUGUUGAAACAGAACGAGCUCCCUUCUCAGCUCUUUUAUUUAUACAUUUGAACAUUUUGUUUUUAAUCAUAUCAGGAAUGUUAUAUAUGUUUUACUUAUUAAUCCGUAUCUAUCUCCUCAUAGCGGUUUUCUGAAAAUGAUGACUUAUUUCUUCUUUCUUUUAUUUUUGAAGCCAUACAGUAAAGUAUGUUUACAGGUGCUGUUGCUGUUGUAUGUAGUUGGUUCUGAGAUUGUCCAAGAUGUGACAAUGAUGUUCACUGAACAUCCAUCAGCAUGGAACAUUCUAGAUCCCAAAAACUGACAUUGUGCUGUUAUCUGAAGUCUUCGCACAUGAGUGAAUGCAUGUAUGAAGGCAAAGAUUUCUCUGGUUUCUCAUGUUGUUUUGGCCUCAUCUGUACAUAGAGUAGAGGAUGGACAAAGGGACUUUGAUCUGGGAAUGGUUCUUGGCAGCCAGACCUGUAACUGACAACUGAAGCAGCCACAACUCUUGUGUUGGUUAACAUUGCUAGCAAUAUAACUGCAGCAUAACAACCCUGCUGAGGGAUUUCCACUUGGUGAGCAUGUGAAGCCAGAUUAAGUGGUUGCUUAAUUUUUAAAAAAAAAAUUUUUUUAGAUGCCUACAAAUAUUUGCUGAGGUUUUAGUGGGGUCACCCAUGUUCUUAGUUUUGCACACAAUUUUAAACUCCAAAGGUUUAAUCUGUUUUGUAAAUAUGUGUUGCUUUGCUGGCAAUAUAUUUUAUGUUUGUUUCUGUACUUUUAGUGAUAAUAAAUUACCAUGAUCUACAUGGAAACUGUC